AUGACUCGCGGAUUGAAACUCGCUGCCGGAGGUUACGGCGCAUUGCACGGCCAAAGUCUGCGUCAGACGGUCCGGCUGAAUGGAAUGCGACAGUACUCGUCUCAGACUUCUCCUACCACUCCUCCUACCUCUCCUUUUGCUCCUCGUCAUUUCCUAUCCAUUGCCGACUUGACCCCCACGGAGUUCGCUACACUAGUCCGCAAUGCCUCGUCAUACAAGCGCUCAAUCAAGUCCGGCUCUGUUCCUCAGAAUCUUGUCGGAGCUUUGACCGGAAAGACCGCGGCCAUGAUUUUCAGCAAACGGAGUACCCGCACCCGAAUCUCGACUGAGGGGGCCGUCGUGCAGAUGGGAGGACACCCGAUGUUCCUGGGCAAGGAUGACAUCCAGCUGGGCGUCAAUGAGUCUCUUUACGACACCGCGGUGGUGGUUUCCUCGAUGGUUUCUUGCAUUGUGGCUCGCGUCGGCAAGCAUGAGGAGGUCGCCAACCUCGCGAAGCACUCGACGGUCCCCGUGAUCAAUGCCCUCUGUGACUCAUUCCACCCGCUCCAGGCCAUUGCCGAUUUCCAGACCAUGCACGAGACUUUCACUCCCAAGGCCCGCGGUCUCUCCAGUCUCGGGCUGGAAGGGUUGAAGAUUGCCUGGAUUGGUGAUGCCAACAACGUCCUGUUUGACAUGGCUAUUGCGGCCACUAAGAUGGGGAUUGACGUGGCUGUCGCGACCCCCAAGGGCUACGAGAUCCCUGCUUCCAUGCUCGAGCUGAUCCAAAAGGCCGGAGAGGGCGUCCAGAACGCCGGCAAGCUUCUGCAGACCAACGUUCCGGAAGAAGCGGUCAAAGACGCAGACGUUCUGGUGACGGAUACCUGGGUGUCCAUGGGACAAGAAGCAGAGUCGAUCAAGCGGUUGAAGGACUUUGAAGGCUUCCAGAUCACGCCCGAGCUCGCCAAGCGCGGCGGUGCUAAGGAAGGAUGGAAGUUCAUGCAUUGCCUGCCCCGGCAUCCUGAGGAAGUCAACGACGAGGUUUUCUACAGCAAUCGGUCAUUGGUCUUCCCUGAGGCUGAGAACCGACUGUGGGCUGCCAUCUCUGCCAUUGAGGGAUUCGUUGUGAACAAGGGAAAGAUCGAAUAA